AUGCCGAACCUCAAUCCCUUUGCAAAGAAGACCUCGUCGUAUCACCGUUUAUCUGACCACUCCACUGAUGCCGAAAGCGAUGCAUGCCUCUCUUCAAGCUCCACUAUUCGCAAAGAAGAAUGCAGUGCAGAUGAAGAGCUCUUGCUCGCGCCGUAUGGCAGUCCACACCGCAGGAUCGAGAAAGUCGUCUGGUCGCUCAAUGAAAGUUUCGCCGGCGGACUUAGUAUGGAGACAGAGAAGAUGUGGGAGAGCCUCAUACCGCUAGGACGAGCAUUCGUUAUACACCCCAAGCUAGCGAAAGAGAUUAAAUCGAUUUCAGUCUUCCAUGAGCUGCACUGUCUACACGGCCUCCGACAAGAAUUUUACAAAAAGUCCUACCUCCUCUCCAAACUCCAACACCACGAAUCCCACCGCUCACUCCCCCACUCCGGCCCACCUCACAUGGACAUUGAUAUCCCCUCCAGCGAUCAUGAGUACCCCUCCACCCCCACAUUCACGCAAAACCCCUUCAUAGAAGCUCUUCUCAGCUCUCCCGAAGAGCAUGACGACCCCGACCACAUCCAGCACUGCUUCGAGUACCUGCGCCAGGCUCUCAUGUGCGCAGCAGAUACCAAUCUAGAAGACACAGAGACUGAGCCUGAUGAAGAUGGGGACUUAGGCAUUGGGACGCUUGGGUGGGGGACGGAGAGGGUUUGUAGGGAUUUUGAGGCGGUUAAGGAGUGGGCGGUUAGGUGGAGGGUGGGGGAUUAUUGGGGGAUUAGUUGA